AUGGAAAACGAAAAUAUUACAAAUAUUAAAACUGAAUACCUGAAGAACCGUUCUGAAGAUCAAUUCUUUUGGAAAGAUUCUUACUACAAAACUUGCAAAGUAUGCAAAGAAGAUCGUGAUCAAAGGAAAAAAAAAAAGCCAACUACAGUCCCCAGUUCAACUACUGAUUUG